UCCCAGCGUGUACAAAGCUCGACGAGGAACAAGGCUCGCCGACGCCUGUUGCCCACAUCCGCUGAUAUUUCGAGUCCUCAGGACCGCAUUGAAAGAGACAACACGUAGAAUGGCAGACACAAGCGUUAGCUUUUGGGACAAGACCCUGAGCGACGACAAAGCGUACCAAUUCACUCCAACGCAAGACUGGUUCUCCUUUAAUGUCGACGCAUGGAGGGGACUAUUUCCCCGAGUUCGAUCUACCGAACCUCGCGUCCUGGAGAUUGGUUCAUGGGAGGGACGCUCUGCUGUCUUCCUCCUGACGGAGCUGUGCGCUCAGGGUGGCGAGGCCGUCUGCAUCGACCACUUCGACCUAAUGAAGUCAGCGGCGGGCCAGGAGCGUUACUCGAAAAUCACCCACAACCUGUCGUUGACCGGAAAACCCUUCCGCGUCCUCGACGAGUUCAGCUUCCCGGCCCUGAUGACGCUGCUGGGGGAGGAGAUGGACAACCCAAACCCAGGAUAUGACUGGAUCUACGUCGAUGGGUCCCACGAAGCCGACGACACCUUCCUCGACGGCGAGCUCGUCUGGAGGCUCGCCAAGAAAGGUGCCGUCGUUAUCUUCGACGACUAUCAUUGGGACAAGGAGCCCUCAGACAGCAUACACCAUCCCAAACGCGGCAUCGAUGCCUUCAUGACGCUCCACCGAGGAGAGUUCGAUGUCUUGUCGAGGCCAGAGCAGUACCAGGUCGUCCUCCAGAAGACCUCCGAGAUGCGCAUCGGCUUCCUACUGAAGGAGAAGGUUGGCCACGGGCUCGAUCGUGCCCUCGGGUACGGGAUGCACGUCGCGCUAACGGUGGAUUCCACGUACGCAAUGGCAGCAGCCGUCGCCAUUCGCAGCUGCGUCAGCAUGACCAAGGAUAGGAUCACCUUCUACAUCAUCGACCUCGGGCUCUCGCCCACCGACCGCCAGAAGUUGGAGCAAUGCACAGAGUCUGCAAACGACGCCACCAUCGUCUUCCUCACCCUGCCCUCAGGUGGGCUCACAGCGAAGGGAGGCAAGACCUGGGCGAAGAUUGACAUGAUCCCCGUGCUCCCCAUUGAGCGAGUCCUGUAUCUCGAUGCCGACGUCCUGGUCAGAGCGGACUUACGGUCGCUCUGGGACAUCGACCUCGCCGGAAAACCCCUCGGCGCCGCUCGGGACGUAGGGUACCCCAUGGGCCACGGUGGGCCGCAGAGGGGCCCGUACUUCAACGCGGGUGUGCUCCUGAUGGACCUCGCUCAGGUCCGAGGCAGGAUGGGCGCAUUGUCCGCUACGGCGGAGAGCUCCCUUAGUGACAAGUAUGCCGACCAGGACGCGCUCAACACGCACUUCCGCGACGCCUGGCUUCCACUGCCGAUGAAGUGGAACGCACAGGGACUGGGCACGUACGCCGAACUGCCAUCAGCGGACAGAGCGCUCAUCGAGUCAGGCUUGUUGGAGAUGAAGGACGCUGCGAUCGUUCACUUCACUGGGCCUGUCAACCCAGCCCUGGAGCAUAUUUUGAACCCAUACUUACAGCCGUAUAUCGCGAAGUCGUGGGGUUACGCGGGCGCGCCUGGACAUCCGUACACCAGCGAAUGGUGGACGGUCCUCGACGAGACGCCGUGGUCGGAUUGGCGCCACUCGGACGAAUACAAGGCAUACUGCGCAUCUGAGCGCGACAAAGUGAUUGAGUCCGCUCGCCACCGAUUCCUCGAGAAGGUGAACGGUGCGGUAGACAUGGCCUGAGGGGCGCAAUGUUCCGAUUUGUAGUGAACACAUCACGUUUACGAGUUAGUUAAAGGAUCGCUCAAUGGGUGCUAGUUGACGCACAAUUCUCAGUGUCUCGGUGC